CAUCAACCCGUGUGUCAUCUUGAACCAUAUUAUAACCGCGGCACAUAACACAGAAAUUUUGGUUAUUCGCUUGGAUUUGAUUUAUGUAGUGGUUAUGUUAUGUAGGUGUCUGAUGUGAUCCAGAAGAUAUAAGAUCAGAAAAAUGAAUUUUCUCAAGAAUAUUCCCAGUCUUCUAUCUCCUAUUUGUAACCAAAAUCUGCAACAAGUCCGUACAAAAUGGGUAAACCGCUGGAUGAUCCGAGACGUAAAAAGAAGGAAAAUGGUAACAGAAUACGCACCAACAAGACUGAGAAUAAAUUCCCUUAGAAAAAACGAUAUCCUGCCUGUUGAACUACGGGAGAUAGCAUCCAAAGAAAUCGAAGAUCUACCUAGAGAUUCGAUUCUUUUAAGAACACAAAAUCGUUGUGUUAUCACAUCUAGACCAAGAGGGACUGUACAGCGUUGGAGGUUUAGCAGGAUAGUGUUCAGGCAUCUUGCAGAUUAUAAUAAGUUGUCAGGUGUACAGCGGGCAAUCUGGUAGAAGCUUGCUUGUUAUUGUUUGUAGUAUAUAAUAAUAAAUAUAGUAAUAACAAAGAUGAUUUUUUAUAACCAAGCAAAUAAAUUACAAGAUAUUGGG